UCUGAGCCAAACAAAAAAUGGCCUUUGCAAUGUUGCCUUCAGUUUCUUCCUCCAGCGAAAACCCUAACCCUAGUCCCCUCGGUCUCUCCGACUCUCCAGAUUUCAGUCAAAGCGAAAUGGAUUCGAUAAUCUCCUCCUUGCUUACGUUUCCGGAUUCUCCAUCUCUGUCCAUCAGAUCCUCAUUCGAUCGAGUACUUGAUAAUCUUCUCUCCUCUAGUGAUGACUCCGUUCAACUCACUACUCACAGGGAGCUUCAAAUCCAUUAGGCACAUUGAUAUUUCAAGUAACCGCGGCUUAGCAUCUUCAGACAGGGGCAAGAGAUGUAACAAACCAAACUUUCCUCUGGAGAGGCUGAAAGAAGAAAGAUCAGAUGUCACAUUUGUGGCGGACUUUCCUCCAUUGCCUAGUUCCGAAAAGCCUUAUGGUGUCUGCGAUGAAGAAGAGUUGAGGCUGAUAGAGAUGAUGGAAGCUGAGGACGAUGAAGUGGACGACGAAGAUGACUCGGAUGAGGAAUCGGACGAUGCAUCGGAUGAGGAUGAGUCAGAAGAUGAGGACAUGGGCUUUAAUGUCGAUUAUUUGUUAUGAUUAGUGUUGGUAAUCCGUUAGUGUUCGUUAUUGAACUAUUUCACGAGAAGUUAUUCGUUUCUUUUGCUUAAGAUUCUUCUUGUUGGGAGAUUUGAACUUUGCACAAACAUACGAAAUUAUUAAACGAAUUAGAAAAAAAAACAAAAAAGUGACGUUGUGGUUUUAUUUGGAUAUAAAUAACAUUGAAAAGUUUUGAUGA